ACCAAAAAUGCCGCGAAUUGGACGUCUUGCCCUAGAUCGUGAUUGUUUCAACUUGAGUGCAUCUAGCAGGAAAGAAACAACCAUUACAGAAUUCUGACCCUGUGAAUGAGAAAGAAGAAUACCAACACCAGAAAAUAAUGAAGGGGAAAAAGACCACUGGGUCAUCCAGAUCACACAAUAAAGAUAAUGCUGAAAAAUUAACAAACAAUAAAAGUAAUAGCGAAAAAAUAAACAAAUAUGUUGAUGAUGGUGGUAGCGGAAAGAACUUAAAGAAGCAGAUUUACACUCAUCAAAGGAAAAAGACUGUUAAAUGUAGCAUUUGUGGGAAAACGCUGAGUCAUGUUGGUUGCUUACAAAGACACAUGAGGGUACAUUCAGGUGAAAAACCUUAUCAAUGUGAUGUGUGUGGAAAGAAAUUCACAGCAUCAGAUACUCUAAAAAGUCACAUGAGGAUACACACAGGUGAUAAACCUUAUAAAUGUGAUGUGUGUGGAAAGGCAUUCAUUAUGAAAUCCUCCUUACAGAGUCACCUGAGGACACACACAGAUGAUAAACCUUAUAAAUGUGUUGUCUGUGGGAUGCUUUUCAAAUUUCCAGAAAGUAAAAAAAGACACAUGAGGACACAUACAGGUGAUAAACCACAUAAAUGUAAUGUGUGUGGGAAGGCUUUCAUUGGGAAAUACUAUUUACAGAGACACCUAUGGACACAUACAGAUGAUGGACCAUAUAAAUGUGAUGUGUGUGGGAAGGCUUUCAUUGAGAAAUCCGCCUUACAGAGACACCUGCGGGCACAUACAGCUGAUAGACCUUAUAAAUGUGACCUCUGUGAGAUAGCUUAUAAAUUUCCAGAAAACCUACAAAGACACAUGAAGACCCAUACAGGUGAUAAACCACAUAAGUGUGAAGUGUGUGGAAAAGCUUUCACCCGAAAAGAUAACUUACGGUGUCAUAUAAGGAGACAUGCUGUUGAACAACCAUUUAGAUGUGACGUGUGUGGAAGAGCAUUCUCUACAUCAGAGCAACUACAGUGCCAUCGGAAGAUACAUGCUGGUGAGAAAAAUUAUGAGUGUUUUGUGCGUCUGAAGAAAAUCACAGAAAAAUCCGAUUUAAAGAUGCAUUUGGUGACACACAAAUGUGAAAAACAAAGGAGUUCCCCUCAGGCAUCAGACUCUUUGAAAGGCCAAAUGCCACAUAGAGUUGAGAGACUAUUCAAUGAUAAUGAUAUAGAUGGCCAGUCAAACAACAUACAAGGACCAUGCACACAUCAGGGUAAAGCUCCAUAUCAUUGUAAUGUUUGUGGGAAAGUAUUUAGUAAAUCGGUAAAUUUACACAGACACAAGAAGAUACAUACAAGUAAGAAACCUUAUAAAUGUUUAGUGUGUGAAAAAGCAUUUUGUGAAAGAGGGCAUUUGUUGGGACAUAUGAAGAAGCAUGCUGGUAAAAGUCUUGUAACCUCUGCUGAAAAAGAAUGUUUGAACAAACACCUGACGGUGGACACUGGUGAAAACUCUUUUGACUGUGAUAAAAGUGGAAAGUCCUUUGGGCAAAAACAUUACUCAGAGAAGCACAGAAAGAGACAGAUUUGUGAGAAACUUUUAAAAUGUGAUGUAUGUCAGAUGACCUUCAAUGAGAAAAACGAACUGGAAAGACACAAGAAAAAACAACAUUGUAAGAACCCAUUUGUUGAUAUGUGCAGGAUGGUAUGUGAUGAAAUUGGGAAAUUUGAUGAAACAGUAAAAGGAUCCUGUCUCUGUGAGUUGUGCGGGAAAAUUGUCCCUUGUAUGGAGGGACACAUGAGGAUACACACACAGGUAAAAAUUCAUAAUUUUAACAUGUGUCUGGAACCUUUCACUGAACAUUCUGUAUUAGAACAUGGUAGAAAACUUCAGUGUAAUAACACAUCAAAGGAAUCUACUGGAACGAACUUAAAUCCUAAAAUUGGACAGUUAAACAAGUUGAGAAGGAUUUCGAAUGGGAGAAAGUUGUGUAUAUCCAAAGUUCAUAGAAAGAUUGACACUUGCGUGGAGAGACACAUGAAAACACACAUACACAAGAAAGGUCAGAAAGGUAAAGUGAGUGAGAAAGCUAGCAGCCUCAAAACAACAUUGCAAAGAUACACAAGGACACCUACAGAUAAGAAAGCCUGUAGCUAUGAUAUAGGUGGGAAAGUAUUCAACCAAUCAGAGCCGUUAAGGGGUCACAGAAAGAUUGGCUUAGGUCAUAGAGGUUAUAGAUGUCAUUUGUGUGGAAAGACGUACUCGUCCUUAUAUUCCUUAAAGAGACACAGAAUGGCACAUACAGGUGAAAAGCCAUAUCUCUGUGAUAUGUGUGGGAAAGCAUAUGUAGAAUUAUGUGCCUUACGUCAACACAUGAAGACACAUACAGGUGAAAAGCCGUAUCUCUGUGAUGUGUGUGGGAAAGCAUGUACGGAAUUAUUUUGGUUAUAUGACCACAUGAAGACACAUACAGGUGAAAGACCUCAUAAAUGUGAUGUUUGCGGAAAGGCAUUUAUCAGGUCUUAUAAAUUGAAGCUACAUAUCAGGGUUCAUACAGGUGAAAAACCUCAUAAAUGUAUUACAUGUGGCAAAACUUUCAGUCGACUAGACAAAUUAAACUUACACAAGAUCAAACAUUCUGAUGUAAAACGAUAUAAAUGUGUUCUUUGCGGAAAAUCAUUCAAGCGAUCAAGUUCCUUAAAAACCCACGUUAUGAUUCAUACAGGUGAAAAACCUUAUAAAUGUGAUGUGUGUGGGAAGAGAUUUAUACAAUUGAAGGUCUUAAAGAGACACAAGAAGACACAUACUGUAUAGGAAAAAAAAAAGAACUGAUCAGAACACGAUCAGUUGAGGAGACACAGAAGUGAGAGACCCUAGUAUCAAUGUGAUGUGGCUGAGAAGGCAUUUCACAAACAUUUUACUAAUCACAUGCUUAGCUUCUUGAGACAAAGAAAACAUACUUUUAAGAAGAUAUCAAAAUUGAAUUUAUGUAAGACGGCAUGCAUGCCAUCAGAUCAUCUUCAAAUUAUUUUAAAGAUACUAACGUUCUUGUAAAUAUGUUUUGGAAGCUUGGCUUACAAAAGUGCUUGAAGGAACAACCUGGGUGAUAAAUCUUAUAAACGUGAGUAAAAAAGCUUCUACUGACCGGAUAGCUUACGAAAACACACAAGAACUUGUACCGGUGGCAAAAUACGUUAUUCCAAUUUUUUGACCUAAAAGUGUAUUUUGCCUGGGAAGGCAUGCAAUCCAGUCAAAAAAAAAAUAACAAAAAAAUGCACAGGGACACGUACAGGGUACAUAAGCCAUGGUGAACUGAUGUUUGUGGGAAAGCAAACGCUCAGCAUAUCAACGUGUAAGGAUAAAUUUAUAUGAAAAACAACGGUAUCCUAGUCAGAAUCACUAUGACGGAUCGUCUCUGGAUAUGAUUUUUAUCAAACGUGUGAGGAAUCUUAUUUGUUUAUGAAAAUGGAAUUUUUAUGCGCCAAUCGAUAGAUCCCUGGCGUAUAUUGUUUGUGUCCUGUCUGUUUGUCUGUCUGUCUGUUGACAACUUUAACCUUCGCCAUAACUUUUGAACAAUAAGAGAUAGAGACUUCAUAUUUGGUAUGCAUACUCCACUAAUAAAGUCCUUUCAAAUGACAUCAAGAUCAAUGACCUUGUGACCUUGACUGUUACCUACAUGCUAAAAAUAGCUUUUUCAACUGUUUGUCAUGUCUUUUGAACCAUAGGAGAUAGGGACUUCAUAUUUGGUAUGAAUACUCCACCGAUAAAGUCCUUUCAAACGAUGGCAAGGUCAAUGAUCUUGUGACCUGUAUGCUAAAAAUAGCUUUUUACACUUUUUGCCAUAAUUUUUGAACCAUAGGAGAUAGGGACUUCAUAUUUGGUAUGCAUACUCCACCGAUUAAUUCUUUUAAAUGACAUCAUGGUCAAUGACCUUGUGACCUGACUGUGACCUAUAUGCUAAAAAUAGCUCUUUACACUUUUUGCUAUAACUUUUGAACCAUAAGAGGUAGAGACUUCAUAUUUAGUAUGCAUACUCCACUGAUUAAGUUCUUUCAAAUGACACCAUGGUCAAUGACCUUGUGACCUUGACUGUGAUAAAUAUGCUAAAAAUAGAUUUUUUGAACUUUGUUGCCACGGGGCGCAUAGUGUUUCACAAACACAUCUUGUUAAAUUUUUUUUAAUCAGUCUGAGCUUUUACAGAGAUACUUAUGAACACGUAUACGCAAUGACUCUUUAAAAAAAGUGAAGUGUGAAGAUUGUGUGUGUAUGUGUGUGUGGAAAAAUUCAUGAGUUAAUUAAAAGUGAUUAAAUAAUAUGUCAUGUGGUAUAUAAUUGGAAAGAAGGACAUUUUAAACGAAACAUGAAGAUGGAAUCAUGUAAAUUUGGAAGGUAGGGGAUAGACUUGAUAAACAACUCCAUCAUACCUGAUGUGUGUUGGAGUGUAUCUAUGGAUUAUACAGAGACACUAGAAAAUAUAUAAUGGAGAAGAAUACAUUGGUGAUAUCCGUGCAAAAUAAUUUAUUAAUGACAUGGUUGAAGAUACACAUGAAUUUAUAUUAAAAAGUGUGAAUUUAAUCUGUGUGGAAAAAAAUGGCAAAAGACACUUGAAAUGUCCAAUCAAAAAUCAUACUGUUGGGAGGAAUAAUAUUAUACAUGUAAUUUGAGUGGGAACUGAAGUGAUUUAUGUCUCUUUGAUUUUCCUUUCAAUCUGCAAAUAAGUGUUAUUGUUUCAGAGAACAUUUUUGUAAAAACUUUGUAAGUUUUUCAUUGUGAAAGAUGAAUUCAAGGACUGUACAGAGACGAAUAGAAUUACGGAAAGAGAACGAUGCUUCUCUAGAUGUGAAUAUUGGUGGGAAAAGAUACAGACAUCUCUGAUUAUUACUGUAAGACUAGCAGUGAUAUGCCCUUAUGAUAUCAAAUUAAAAUGUAGACAAAAAGGAGGCGCCUUUUGAUUUAAUUAUAUACAUAUUUUCUUGAUAAAAUGAAUCUGUAGAAAUUUAGUUUUUAGCUCACCUGAGCCGAAGGCUCAAGUGAGCUUUUUUGAUCACAUUUUAUCCGUAGUUCGUCCAGUCUGUGUGUCCCUCUGUCCGUCCGUCCGUCUGUAAACUUUUCACAUUUUCAACUUCUCCUCAAGGACCACUGGGCCAAUUUUAACCAAACUUAAUACAAAGCAUCCUUUGGGGAUGGGGGUCCCCUUUCAAGGGGAGAUAAUCAAGAAAAGACAAAAAAUAGGGUUGGAUCAUUAAAAAAUCUUCUUCUAGAGAACCACUGGGCCAGGAAAGCUGAAACUUAUGUGGAAUCAUCCUGGGUAAUAUAGGUUCUAAAUUGUUAAAAUCGUGACCCAUGGGGGUAGGGCGGGGCCACAAUAGGAAAUCCAAGUUUUACUUUGAAAUAUAUAGGAAAAGUAUUCAAAAAUCUUCUUCUCAAGAACCACUGGGCCAGGGAAGCUGAAACUUAUGUUAAAGCAUCAUAGGAUAGUGUAGAUCUUAAAUUGGUAAAAUCAUGACCCCUGGGGGUAGGGAGGGGCCACAAUAGGAAAGUUUUACAUAGAAAUAUUUUGGAAAAAAAAAUUUAAAAUCGUUUUCUCAAGAACCAGUGAGCCAGAAAAGCUGAAACUAAUGUGGAAGCAUCCUGGGGUUGUGUAAAAUUAAAUUGUAAAAAGCAAGACCCCCGGGGUAUGGCUUGGCCACAAUAGAAAAUCUUAGUUUUACAAAAAAAUAUAUAGAAAGAACUAUUGGGUCAGAAAAGUUGAAAUUAAUUUUGAAGCAUUCUGGGGUAGUGAAGAAUUUAAAUUGUAAAAAUCAUGACCCCCGAGGGUAGGGCGAGGCCACAUAGCAAAAAUCUUUAAAAAGUACUCAAGAACCAGUGGGCGAGGAUAGCUGAAAUGUGUGAAAUCAUUCUGGUGAAGUGUAGAUUCUAAAUUAUCCAAAUCAUGCCCCCCGGGUUAGGGCGGG